CGCGCUUUUUACUACAUUAGUUAUAAUCAUGAUUUUGAGUAAGCGAAUCAUGUUAAAAUUAUUUCAAUCUUUAGUUUUAAUAAGAUAAAUAAUGCAUUUGCACAAAAACCCUCUAGAAUAUCCUUGUAUUCUUAGAUUUAGAGGCUUAACAUCACAAAUUUUAGGUUUAAAAUUUGUAGCUUAGGACUUCAACUCCCUCACAUGUGGGUCCCCCACUGACUUCAAGUAAUGCACAUAUAUAUACUUUGAAGUCCGAUAACUCUUAUAUUUACACAUUUUAAUAACAUUAUGACCACAAAAAUUUUGUAAUAUAAUAAGGUGUGUCGGUUAUGAUUGAAGGUGUGUCGGAGAACUCAUAUUCGAAUUUUUUAUACCAAAAAAAUAUAAGUUCUUCACAAAAAUUUCGGACGAAGGUGACACACCUUCCUCAUAUGUGGGUCCGCCACUGACUUCAAAGUAAUGCACAUAUAUAUAGUUAUAGUUGUAGGUGAUAUCAUCGUAUUAUUAGAUUAGUAUAACAUGUAACGUAUUUUAUGUGUAUCAACUAAAUCUACCGCUACUCGCACGGUCCUACUUUAUAACUCGAUCGGGAAACUUCGUGGUUAAGGCCUAUGACCGACAACACUGCGGACAAUAGAGCAAAAAUUAGUGACAUCUGACGAAAUCACAUCUAUCUAUAUAACAUGAAAGCAGCAGCCAUGCACACACGACUGGUAAAUGCAUGGGGCCAGUCAAAAUCAUUACUCCAUACUUUUCCCAUGGUCAUAAAAUGGUUACUAAGCUUAAUAUGGAUGGAUCAUUAAUACAUCAAUAUUGCCCAACUAAUCUUUUAUAACUAACAAAAACUGCUACACAACUUUGGAAUAUUGAACAUACCACCUCGCUCAGAUUAUUCAUAUCAAUAUUCGAAUAAACAUGACCGAAACGGAUUUGAUGACUACUGUGCUAAUCAUUCCUCUUUCAGGGACAUAAUUUCCUUAAAAAAAAAAGUGUCAACAUGGCCUGAUUUCUUACUAAAUCCGAUGUUUAGUGGCCGUUUCCACAUUAUAUAUUGACCAACUUUUCCUCCCACUCAACAAAACCUUGUGACCCCAUGCAUUGCAUGCUCCAACCUUACCUACUCAGCCUGCACUUAACUUAUUUAAGUUAUUACCAACAACAUAAUCCAAGAAUUCAUAGUAAUAACUUAUUAAGUUUUUCAUAUUAAUUAAUUCUAAUCAACCAACAUAAUAAAACAAAAAAAGAGCACCCCUCCUAUAAAUACUAUAGCCAACUCUCAUCACAACCUACAGCCAAGCUCCAAAACUACAAUUUCCAUUCCACAAGCAGAAACAUGGGAGACGAGUUAGCUUUGGAAAUGAACACUAUUUCUUCAAAAAGCCCCAUAUCUUCUGUAAUCUCCAACGUGCAGUCUUUUUACACCUUAGAAGCAGAAGCCGGCAACAAGCUCGCUCCACAAGAGCCAUGGCUUCCAAUCACGGAGUCGAGAGACGGCAACGCCUUCUACGCUGCGUUUCACUCGCUUAGCUCGGGGCUCGGGUUCCAGGCCCUCCUCCUUCCUCUCGCCUUCUCAUCCCUCGGCUGGACAUGGGGGAUCUCGUGUCUGUGCGUUGUUUUCGUGUGGCAACUCUACACCAUGUGGCUGUUGAUCCAGCUGCACGAAUCGGAGUCUGGGGCACGAUACAGCAGGUACCUCGGAUUAUCGAUGGCUGCUUUCGGUGAGAAGUUGGGGAAGCUGCUGGCCCUCUUCCCCGUAAUGUACCUAUCAGGAGGAACCUGCGUGACCUUGAUCAUGAUCGGCGGCGGGACCAUGAAAACUUUCUUCCACAUUAUCGACAACACCGUCGGCGCCAGCCCGCUGACCACGAUCGAGUGGUACUUGGUCUUCACUUUCACGGCCGUUCUUCUAUCUCAGUUUCUCCCGAAUUUGAACUCUGUCGCCAGAGCUUCCCUCGUCGGAGCUGUUACUGCCGUUAGCUACUGCACAUUGAUAUGGGCUGCGACAGUAGUCCAAGGCAGGGUGGCUAUUGAUGAUCAUCAUCAUGUAGCUGUUUCGAGAGGGAGCGGCGGAGUUCUCGAUCGGAUUUGUGGUGUUCUUAAUGGCGUUGGGAUCGUGGCUCUGGCCUUCAGAGGACAUAAUCUCGUCCUCGAAAUACAGGGUACCAUGCCAUCGAGUGGGAAAACGCCGUCGAGGGUGCCAAUGUGGAGAGGAGUUCAGAUUGCUUACCUGAUCAUAGCCCUCUGCUUGUUCCCCCUUGCUAUUGCUGGCUACUGGGCUUAUGGAGACCUUAUCCCAGAGGGAACCGGAGCAAUGUUGCAAGCUUUGUACAAAUACCACGAGCGGGACACAUCCAAGUUGAUACUCGGUUCAGCAAGUUUGCUGGUCGUGAUCAACUGCGUCAGCUCAUUUCAGAUCUACGCGAUGCCUGCAUUCGACAACCUCGAGCUCAGAUACACUAGCAAGAUGAACAAACCAUGCCCACAGUGGCUUCGGUCAGCACUCCGACUUUUCUUCGGAUGCCUGACCUGUUUCAUUGCAGUGGCUCUCCCAUUCCUGCCAAGCCUGGCCGGGCUGAUCGGAGGGAUUGCCCUGCCGCUUACCUUGGCAUAUCCGUGUUUCAUGUGGAUUGUGAUGAAGAAGCCAGGCAGAUACAGCGGGAGCUGGUGUUUGAACUGGAUUCUGGGCGUCUCUGGGAUGGUUCUCAGUGUGCUUGUGGUGACCGCGGCCAUUUGGAUUAUCGUCACGAAGGGUAUUGAAGUCCAUUUCUUCAAACCCCAGUGAGAGUAGUUACAGUCUUUGCUAACUCAAUGUAAAAGAAGUAAGCACAACCAUAGUCUUAUUGCUAGCUCGAGGUAAAGAAAAGGGAAGUAAAGCACAACCAUUUCCCCAAUUGUAUUCAUGGUGAAAACUUCAAAAACCCCACAUUCUGCGCCUUGAGCAUUUCUCUUUACAGUAGUUGUACAUCAAUUCUUGUAAAAAAAACAUAAAUAUUGCCCCGAGCAGAAUUACACAUCCGUUCAGUGAAGAAUAUUGAUCUCUUUGUAGAAUUCGCCCCUCCCUUCAAGUUGUCUACUACUACUUGCAAACUUUCGAGAGAUGCAGCCAUUAAAUGUCAAACCCUGAGCACCAUGAAAGGAAAAAGUACCUCGAAUAAAGCGAUGGUCGCAAAAUUUCCAUGACGAGUUACUCUGAGAAUCGGCGUUUGUUGAAUUCACCGGCUUGUCUUUUGCUUUCUGGUAAAAUCUGUGUAGAAUCCACCAACAAACCUAGACAGAGAGAUUGCUGGGAAGCGAACACCGGCAGUUUACAAACUCUGCAUAACAAACUUUGUUUUGUAAUAAUUCCCAGAACAAAAGGAGUUAUUACUUUUGUUUUGCCCUUUUACAUGGAUAGAGGCAGAAGCAUUCUUCGUUUCUUCUUCCUUGCUAGCCUAACUUGCUUCGUCACUUUCAUGCAUAGCACCAAUAUUAACGUGAUGCAGACUAAGAUGAAGGCAAGUCGCAUGUGCCUAAAGUAUAAAGAUACGGCUGAGAAGACCAGGAAGGCUAGAACAACGAGUUCCCAUAUGACGAAUAUGACAACAUCAACCCUGCACAAGAAGGGUAAAACCAGAAUCAGCUGUCAUUCCCUUGUAAGAAAAAAGAACAAUAAAUCGAAAACAUGAAU